UCGGACUUCUUGCGUUAAAUCCUUUUCUAGUGGCCUGCUCCUUUAAUCUGACGCCUUUGUCUCUCUUUAUCUGAGACCUUUUCUUUAGCUCCGCAAUUCACACCGCUGUUAAUCCACUUCCUCGUUCUAACCUCGGCGGAAGCGGCCCACUUGAGUCAACAGAGAUUUGUAUAUGGACUCACUUUCUCGCAAUUCAAUGGUUGAUGAUAUGUUUUGUCCGGAAGUAACUACCGUUUCGAGAUGCCUCGUUCUGUCCCCUCCUAUUUCGCUUCCUUCUCGCAAGAGGGCGGUCAACCGCCGAGCGAAAACGAUCACAAUACAAGGUCCCUCACCCGAACAGCCCCUCCCUCUCCCGCUGCAGUCAGACGAAGCCACAGUCACCUCUCGGAAGCACACACCGGCUAUCAAUCGUUGGAAACACCUUUGGAAAUUGGCGAAACAACCAGCUUGCUAGCGAAACCUGAUGUACCAAAACGGUCGUACACGAAUCUCUCUACCGGCUCGGGACCGGAUCCCAACUUGCGACACACACUCUUGGCUGGAAGCAUCCGCCGAUCACGCCAUCACAGCCGUGCAAAUUCUCAAGCCCUGCGAUUCAGUCGACGAGGAAGUUUAGAUGUGGAUCAAGCUGAGAGCAUCGCUGGUUCAACCAAAGACGGUUUGACUGCUUCAUAUAUGGAUGAUAGAACCUGGUAUGAUCAAUUUACCUCAACCGACUGGGUACACGAUAGCAUUGCAGACGGUGCCCGCCUUCGGCAAUUACGGGCACGGAAGGAUCUCCGGGGCCGACUUUUGGCAUGGUUAGACGGCUCCCAGGGCUGGGUUCUCGUUGCAGUAAUUGGUUGUAUUACGGCAGCGAUCGCCUAUUUUGUGGACAUAACUGAAGAUGUCGUUUUCGAUAUGAAGGAAGGUUUCUGUACCACUCGAUGGUUUCAUAGCCGUCAGGAAUGCUGUGUGGACAACCCCGUGUGCUCUGCAUGGUGGUCAUGGUCCAAGAUCCUAUCCUUUUCGACUGCGGAUAACCAGUGGACGGACUUUGGCAUGUACGUGGCCUGGGUAGUUAUACUAUCCGUCAUCUCUUGCUACCUCACGUUGCUCACCAAAACGGUCGUGCCUUCGUCAGUCUCACUAACAACGCUGGAUGAAAACCUGGGUGCCGCAUCGUCGCGAGGUACAAAACAUACUGAUAGGCCGGAUGAAUCCCCGGGCUCCGAUGUUAGUCCGCGAGCGGUCUAUCCGAUACCCACUCGUCCUGAUAUGGUUUACUAUUCCGCGGCGGGCAGCGGAGUCGCUGAAGUGAAAGUAAUAAACAGCGGCUUUGUCCUGCAUGGAUAUCUCGGAUUCAAAACGCUGGUCAUCAAGACCGUCGCCUUGAUUUUCAGCGUGUCAUCUGGCCUUAGUUUAGGGAAGGAGGGUCCUUAUGUGCACAUCGCUACUUGUGUGGGAAACAUUUGUUGCCGCUUGUUCGCCAAAUAUAACCUCAACGAUGGAAAAAGACGAGAAGUACUGAGCGCGAGUGCUGCGAGUGGCGUCGCAGUUGCUUUUGGUGCCCCCAUCGGCGGGGUUCUCUUUAGCCUGGAAGAGGUCAGCUACUAUUUCCCUCCAAAGACGCUCUUCAGAACCUUCUUCUGCUGUAUUGCUGCAGCCCUGUCUCUGAAGUUCCUCAACCCCUAUGGAACAGGCAAGAUCGUCUUGUUUGAGGUCCGAUACCUCAAUGAUUGGGAGAUAUUUGAGCUGGUGAUUUUCGUUCUUUUAGGUGUGCUGGGAGGGGCCCUUGGUGCGCUUUUUAUCAAGGCAUCCAGUUUAUGGGCUCGGUCAUUCCGGAAAAUUCCAGCCAUCAAGCGUUGGCCAAUGCUGGAGGUAGUCCUUGUUGCGGUCGUAACUGGGCUGGUCAGUUUUUGGAAUCGUUAUACUAAGCUGGCCGUAUCUGAACUCUUAUUUGAGUUAGCCAGCCCCUGCGAGCAUGAAUCGACGUCACCUACCGGGCUGUGUCCAAAUGAAGACGGCAUUGUCGACAUAAUCCGCUAUCUGCUUGUAGCGUUUGUCAUUAAAAGUCUCUUAACGAUUGUUACAUUCGGCAUUAAAGUACCUGCGGGUAUUUACGUCCCGUCCAUGGUUGUUGGUGGUCUUUUGGGACGGAUCGUUGGUCAUGUGGCACAAUACUUGGUGGUGAAAUACCCAACGUUUCCCUUAUUUGGAUCCUCAUGCCCUGCAGUGUCAGGAAUGGAGAGUUGUGUGACUCCAGGGGUUUAUGCUAUGAUCGCCGCAGGGGCUACCAUGUGUGGUGUGACCCGCUUGUCAGUUACGUUGGCCGUCAUUCUCUUUGAACUGACAGGCAGCCUUUCUCAUGUCCUCCCAUUCUCCUUGGCCAUCCUAUGUGCCAAGUGGACUGCCGAUGCGAUCGAGCCUCGCAGCAUUUAUGAUCUUCUCACUGAUAUGAACUCGUAUCCGUUCCUUGAUAACAAGAUACAAGUUGUGUCAGAUGCAGAGCUUGGGGACCUCGUGAGACCCUUACGUAGAAGUCGUAUUAUCGAUAUCUCAGAUUCGCCCUUUGUGCCAGCGACAGAGUUGCGCUCGAAGCUCCAAACGCUUCUCAUGGCAGGCGAAUUAGAUAGCGGUCUUCCUAUUUUACGCGACGAUAUCUUGUCUGGAUUGAUUCCCGCACCGGACCUCGAAUAUGCUCUGGAUAACCUUGACGAUGAGGAAAACACAUUAUGUCUGAUGGCGCUGGAUACAGUGUCAAUUGUAUCUGACAGUGGUGAUGGCGCGGCCAAUCGGGUGGACUUCGGCCGCUAUAUUGACCCGGCCCCUAUUUCUCUUGAUAUCCAUUCACCCGUGGACCUUGUUUACCAGUGUUUCGCUAAGCUAGGUCUACGAUACCUUUGCGUUCUGCAAAAUGGACAGUACGCAGGUCUAGUCCACAAAAAGGCCUUCGUAAAAUUCAUGAAAGAUCAUGAAUGAUUCUGCCUACGCAGAAUGGUCCAGCAACAUGGCUUGCUGCCGACAAUCAAUGAACCGUAUGCAUAUUAUCAGCAUCUUCGAAGCAUUGUCCGGCGUUACGUCUUGUCCCUGCACCUAUCCCUGACUUUCUCGUCAUAGCUAGCAUGAUUUCUUACCUUGCAUAUAUAUUUGCGUCUUGAUUUUAACCAUUGUGCACAUAUUGGUUAUGGUUUAUACUGUUUACCUGGGCGCUGUCUUU